GUUGGUACAGUAGGCUUCACUAGACUUAGCUGCAACUCAGAAUUUCUCCUCCAGCACCUGAGUAAAUGCUGAUGGUCUUGUGGAGAGUGGAUUAAGAGUACGAGCUAAGUUCUCAAUCCCAAUUAAGAAGCGGAAAAUUUAAACUGUCUUCUUCAAAGUUUAUCACAACCACCACCAUCAAGACAGCAAACCAAAGGACAAAGACUUUGACCUGCUGUGUUGCUCUGUGUAGUCCAGUUCACGUAUGGUUUACAGACUUGGCUGGGGUUACUAAAAAUAAAUAAAAAGUUGGACACUUCUGUCAUUGGACGCUAUUAUUCACAAGUUACCAGAAUGAGAGCUGUACUGGACACAGCAGACAUUGCCAUAGUGGCCCUGUAUUUUAUCCUGGUCAUGUGCAUUGGUUUUUUUGCCAUGUGGAAAUCUAAUAGAAGCACCGUGAGUGGAUACUUCCUGGCGGGGCGCUCUAUGACCUGGGUAGCAAUUGGUGCCUCUCUGUUUGUGAGCAAUAUUGGGAGUGAGCACUUCAUUGGGCUGGCAGGAUCUGGAGCUGCAAGUGGAUUUGCAGUGGGCGCAUGGGAAUUCAAUGCCUUACUGCUUUUACAACUUCUGGGAUGGGUUUUCAUCCCAAUUUACAUCCGGUCAGGGGUAUAUACCAUGCCUGAAUACUUGUCCAAGCGAUUUGGUGGCCAUAGGAUUCAGGUCUAUUUUGCAGCCUUGUCUCUGAUUCUCUAUAUUUUCACCAAGCUCUCGGUGGAUCUGUAUUCGGGUGCCCUUUUUAUCCAGGAGUCUUUGGGUUGGAAUCUUUAUGUGUCUGUCAUCCUGCUCAUUGGCAUGACUGCUUUGCUGACUGUCACCGGAGGCCUUGUUGCAGUGAUCUACACAGACACUCUACAGGCUCUGCUUAUGAUCAUUGGGGCACUUACACUUAUGAUUAUUAGCAUAAUGGAGAUUGGCGGGUUUGAGGAAGUUAAGAGAAGGUACAUGUUGGCCUCACCCGAUGUCACUUCCAUCUUAUUGACAUACAACCUUUCCAACACAAAUUCUUGUAAUGUCUACCCUAAGAAAGAAGCCCUGAAAAUGCUGCGGAAUCCAACAGAUGAAGAUGUUCCUUGGCCUGGAUUCAUUCUUGGGCAGACCCCAGCUUCAGUAUGGUACUGGUGUGCUGACCAAGUCAUCGUGCAGAGGGUCCUUGCAGCCAAAAACAUUGCUCAUGCCAAAGGCUCUACUCUUAUGGCUGGCUUCUUAAAGCUCCUGCCAAUGUUUAUCAUAGUUGUCCCAGGAAUGAUUUCCAGGAUACUGUUUACUGAUGAUAUAGCUUGCAUCAACCCAGAGCACUGCAUGCUAGUGUGUGGAAGCAGAGCUGGUUGCUCCAAUAUUGCUUACCCACGCCUGGUGAUGAAGCUGGUUCCUGUGGGCCUUCGGGGCUUAAUGAUGGCAGUGAUGAUUGCAGCUCUGAUGAGUGACUUGGACUCUAUCUUUAACAGUGCCAGUACCAUAUUCACCCUCGAUGUGUACAAACUUAUCCGCAAGAGCGCAAGCUCCCGGGAGUUAAUGAUUGUGGGGAGGAUAUUUGUGGCAUUUAUGGUGGUGAUCAGCAUAGCAUGGGUGCCAAUCAUCGUGGAGAUGCAAGGAGGCCAGAUGUACCUUUACAUUCAGGAGGUAGCAGAUUACCUGACACCCCCAGUGGCAGCCUUAUUCCUGCUGGCAAUUUUCUGGAAGCGCUGCAAUGAACAAGGGGCUUUCUAUGGUGGAAUGGCUGGCUUUGUUCUUGGAGCAGUCCGUUUGAUACUGGCCUUUGCCUACCGUGCCCCAGAAUGUGACCAACCUGAUAAUAGGCCGGGCUUCAUCAAAGACGUCCAUUAUAUGUAUGUGGCCACAGGAUUGUUUUGGGUCACGGGACUCAUUACUGUAAUUGUGAGCCUUCUCACGCCACCUCCCACGAAGGAACAGAUUCGAACCACCACCUUUUGGUCUAAGAAGAACCUGGUGGUGAAGGAGAGCUGCUCCCCGAAAGAGGAACCGUACAAAAUGCAAGAAAAGAGCAUUCUGAGAUGCAGUGAGAAUAAUGAGACCAUCAACCACAUCAUUCCCAACGGGAAAUCUGAAGACAGCAUUAAGGGCCUUCAGCCUGAAGAUGUUAAUCUGUUGGUAACCUGCAGAGAGGAGGGCAACCCAGUGGCAUCCUUAGGUCAUUCAGAGGCAGAAACACCAGUUGACGCUUACUCCAAUGGGCAAGCAGCUCUCAUGGGUGAGAAAGAGAGAAAGAAAGAAACGGAGGAUGGAGGUCGGUACUGGAAGUUCAUAGACUGGUUUUGUGGCUUUAAAAGUAAGAGCCUCAGCAAGAGGAGUCUCAGAGACCUGAUGGAGGAGGAGGCUGUUUGUUUACAGAUGCUAGAAGAGACUCGGCAAGUUAAAAUAAUACUAAAUAUUGGACUUUUUGCUGUGUGUUCGCUUGGAAUUUUCAUGUUUGUUUAUUUCUCCUUAUGAACUUAAGGAUAUGGUGAGACACUAACUUAAGACGAUACUGACUGGUCUUUGGGGAAAAAAAGUUAUGUAACUGUUGCAUCUCUCAGGCAUUGUUUACGCUGUAGGUUUUAGCCAAAUUUUACUUAGCAGAAAAUCAUCUAUUUACAAGACUUUAUUUUCCCAGAGAUGGAUGAAAGUAAAUCUUCAACUUAAGUGAAGCAAAACUUAACAGACUGAAUUGUGCAAAUGUGGUUUUAAAUUUUGCAUACCAAAGUAAGGAGAGACCAGUUAUUCUCACAGAGCACUUAGAGCAGAAUAUAUGUUAAGUUACUAUGAAUUAAGGUAUACUGUCUGCACUGCCAAGUCUUGGCAGACCUUACCCUGAAGUAGAAGAUUUGCUCAUUUCUAAAUUUUUUUUCUGUCUCUGUAAUCCCUCCUACCAUUAAGAAAAACUUAUUUCUCAGACAUUGUACAAUCAGUUAUGUACUGAAAAUCGAAUGUGCUUGUGUGAUACUUGUUUCAGGACAAGUUCGUUUGCCAGGUUCAUUUUGUUAGCAUGAGCCUACGGAUUCUGAUUGCCAAAAGAAAGAAUGUUUUCCUGUAGGUAUUUUUGUACCAUCAGUAUAUGGAAUGUUAGGGAAAAACUUUGUUCCAGUUCCUUUUUUUUUUCUUUCUACUUUCGAGUUUAAGUCAACCAUACUGAAAUGACCAACAAGUCUGCCUGUAAAGUUACAUGUCAUGAUUGUACUGUUAAAUGAUUAUGGGGGAGAAAAUGAAGUAAAUGUUGCUGAUGAUCCCCAUAUUUAUUGAUCAUAUUAAGGUUGUUCAUAUAGUUUGGAAAUGACCAGCCCCCUAAGCAGUGUUUGAUUAACUUAUGCUAAUCAGAUGAUUACUCAUAUAUUCUGCUAAUUUUCUAGCUUUGUUCUUGUUAUUUGGAAAAAUUGUUAGCCAAAUGCCUUCCUAAGUGGAUCCAGUUGGAAGAUAUGUCCAGAAACCUGAAGAAAAAUUGACGCUGCCUUUGUGUGCUGGAUUGCUCUACUUGAUUAGAUCAUGAUAUAUCAAGGUUGAAUUUUUAGAGGGAAAAUUUAAUUCUGAUAUCUUAUUGCAUCCUUGAUAAGUUUUUCCCUGAUUUUUUUUUUUCCUCAAAAGACUUUCCAUCUGUACACAGCCUCUACAUUUUUGUUAUAGUGACUUAGAGCAUGAGGAUGUUUCAGUGCAAACUGGCCAUCGGUAACAGAAAACUCAGUGCAUACUUUGCUGUUGUUAGGUUGUCAAUAUAGUCUUUCUGUAGGAUGGAUAACAUGUUUGAGAGGUGCCAAACAAGAACUUUUGGGGUUAGUAGUGUGUCUUGUGGAGGGUAUUACAGGACUGUUUAAUUAUAGGACUCUAACUUGACAUGGCUUGGCACCCACUUGCAGCUAGUGGGUACAGGGUACAAAAGAUGUUAGAGACGAGCUCUACAGAUUACGUACUCCUGUGUCUUUGUAUGCUCCACACUGUCCUUUGUCCUCCAUGAAAGAUGAAGGAAGCAAAUUAUGUAUGUACUUUCUUUGACUUUCUUUAAUCUCUGAUACUUUUUAGAUUGCAUGAUUUUACUAGGCUUGUAUUUAGGGAAGUUACUUUCAUAAAUACUUUUGUAGAUUUUGAAUCAAAACUCAGUCUUUUUAAUUUUUUUGUAGUCUAUAAACUAGUUUCAUUAUGAUAGACUUGAUUAGUCCAAAGUUAAUUUUAGAAAUUAUCAGGUAGCAUAGUGUCUUCCCAUGAUCAGGAGGCUUUCUGAUGGACUGAGUCUGUAAAUGAAAAAAUAAUUUAUGUAUGAAUAGCAUGUAUUUCUGAAGAGCUUAGAGUGCCUUGUAGAAUUUUUUUCUCAAUUUUAUUCUUGAGGUUUAUAAUUUGGGGGCCAAAUAGAGCUCAUCCUUUUCUUGUUUGGAAGUUGAGGCUGCGACAUGUCCAAGGUUAUGAAGUCUUAUUUGGGAAGAACAGAAACCAGGUCUCCAAAUCUGGACUCAUGGUUUGUUCAGAUGUGUCUCGACAAAUGGUUGUCAAUGUUUUGUCCUAUUUUUUCAAAGGAACUGUUCUUCCUUUGGGACAACCUUUUGGUGUUUGGGAAAGUAAUAAGAUCUUGGAUUUUUCAAAUUAACAUUAAGUUGUGAGAACUAAAAUUUUCUUUGAACCACACUACUGUGUAAUUCAGUGAUAAUUGACAUAUUGGCUGGGCAGCCUGUCUCUUCCAUAUCCAGUGUAAAUGAAUAGGAGGUGUUUGUGGUUUUUUUUUUCUCCCUUUAUUUAACAUUGAGUCCUAGUAGUUUGGAGAAUUAGGGUCCCUCUAUCUCCUUUCUGCUCUUGUCUUAGUAAGAUACAUAAGGUACAUCAUCUUGUGUCUUUGUGUAUAUAGCAGUAGGUCAAGUUUAGAGUACUAAAGUCUGUAAAUAAGGAAUGACUAUUAGCAUAUUCAUUAGAAUUGUUUAUUCUUGCCAGUAUAAACAUCAUUUUAUUUAGACUAAAGUCCCUGAAGCUUGUCUUUCUUAUUGCUUCCCAGUAAUAGAUAAUGUGCUCAAGUAAGUUUGUGAAUUGCUGAUUGCAGCUUCAUUCAGGGACCAGUCUUCAAUCUAUAUUUCAUUAGAAUGAUUGUUCCUGGCAUGAUACAUGGACUGUCUUAAGCUAGCAAAAUGUUCAUACUUUACACUGACUAAAUGGGUCCUAAAUGAUGACAUUGGUCUUUAGACAUUAACGUGUAUAUUUUUAUAUUAGCUCAAGCUAAGGUUCAGAAUUGAAGAUUGAUAUUGACUAGAAUAGCUAAAAGUAAAAAUGAGGUGAGGACACUGGUCUUGGAAGGUAGAGAAAAAUAAAUGUCUUACCAGGUGUUAAUGGUAUCCCCAGUUCUUAGACUUUUGUCUUCUCAGGCAAUUUCCAUCCCAAGAUCUGAUGAGAAGGGCAUAUUACAUUGGUAUGCAGGAUGAUUAUUGCGUAUUUUGUGGGACCUCUAAUUUCCCUGGUCAUCUUUCAGAAUAUUCUGUUCUGCCACCCCCAGAGAGUAAACACUUGAGCCGAUUUCUUCUUCCCCAGCUGUUCUUUCCUGGGGGUAAUUAUGCUUUGUCUUUAGAUGAGAGAACAUCAAGCAAUAGCAGUGGUGCUGUGUCCUUUGGCCUAAAUUCAAUAGAUCUGAUCUCCUAGGGCUUCCUUUUCACUUGGCUCAAAGGAUCCAUUGUCUUUUGGCACAAAGAGGCUGGCCAGGGUCAUGUAGCCAUAGCUCUUAGGGAUGAUACCUCAAGAAAUUAGCUGGGACCCAUCACUCUGUGAAACUUCACAUUUUAAGAACUGAGUUGAGGGGGUUGUUAUGCGCUUCUGUAACCUGAGGCUAAGCAAGAGGUUAAGUCUUGUGAGAGCCAAUAGAGUGUGUCUGUAUUCGUAGUCCAUGGCUUAUUUUCUUUAUAGUGGGCAUAUGGAUCUUCCCCUCUGACUUUGAAUAUCAUUUGGUGUAGCCUAUGGAUUAUUUUCAUUCUUUACCACCAAAUAAAGCGGCUUAUUAGCUACUCAGUUACUUGCUAUUCAAAGGUUAGGUCUUCCCUGUUCCUGCUUGGCAGUGUUAAAGCUUACAGGGUUACCUUAUGUUGAUUCCCCUGGCUCAUUUUCAUCAGAGGCAUGAUGACUGGAAAGGGAUCACAUGGGUCGUUGGUGGUGACACCUCACUAUUUCCUAGGUUUGGGUAGAGAGAUGUAUACAAGACCUUUCCUGUUAAAUUAUGUGACUACAGAGACUUGCCAGGACAAAAUUUUUCUAAGAAAUCAGAAAAGUGGAUUAAGUGAGAUAAGUACCUGGGUGACACAGACAUUAGCCUGUUGGUAAAAGACAACAAAUAUUAGCUUAAAAUCUGCAUAUGUAGAAUCAUUUUCAUUAGAUUGUAGAGCUUGAAGCACCUUGGCUCUCAGCUACUUUAAACUCCUCCCCAUAUAAAUUAGGGCACCAAUAAAUAAGUUUCAGUUUUUUAAACCCUGGUUUGAUGUUAAGCAUUAUAAAGUACAAAGUUUGUUAACACAGUAGAGAUAAUUUAGUAGAAAAAUGCUUUGAGGCUUCAGUAUUUGUAAGAUUUUGCAUUAGCCAGAUGCUAGGUUGUUGAAGGCAUUUUAGUGUUGAUAAUAGCCUGAGCAGACUUCUUUACAGAUGGGAUAUAUUUUUAUAUGUGUAUAUGCCCACUUACCAUUCAGAGAGACUGGUCUUUGUCUUCCUUCACAUUGCUGUGUCAGUUCUACACCUAGUCUUUUCAGCACUUAGCAAAUUCAAAUUUUGAUUUUUUUGUCAGCUUAGUUCACUUUAAGGCAUAUUGGCAUGGUAUGUGAAAGUGACAUUUUGCCCCAGUAUUGAGGACUUUUAGAUCCAAAUAAUGAUUCAUUAAAUAUAAUUAUGUUUUAAGUAUACUGAAUUUCUAUUAGCUUAAAAUGUUAAUUCUCAGGAAUGAUUUUCUCACACUAUGUGUUGGCUAAUAAUAAAAGCACUAUUUUAUUCUCAAAACUCCUUUUUCAAAAAUUAGGGAGAGAGCAGUAGUGAUCAUUUAUGUGAGCCCCUUUGAAAUGAUGGUGUCAGAGUGCAGAGAAACAAUGGAGUUUUGAUGCCAAAAAGGUUUUUUUGCAGUAAAAGUAAAAAUUUGGAAUUAGUUGGCAUAUAGAGGAACCCUUUUGUACUGGAAGGUAUGAGGCUGGAUUGUGAAAAAGUAAUCUUUCGAUUGCUAGACUUGGUUAACUUAGGGCUGCAAAUCUUUUUCUUCUAUCAAGGUCACUUAAUAUGGAAUGUUUUUGUCAGACUGUCCUCUGUUGGAAUACUUUAGCUGUUCAGCUACUUUGACUCCUCGGAGAGAAUUUAGUUAAGGUUCAAAGUAAUUAACCGGCUUUGCCAGUGGUGAGUCCCACACCAUUAUUCACUUAGUAGUCAUAUAAAUGUUUUUAUUUAAACUCCUCUCUCUCCAGUGCUGAGAAUAAGGCUUUAAAUUACUGAUUCACCUUGAAAGGAAUGUUGUGAGAAUUGAUGUAAUUUGUGUUUUUGUUUCCAUCUAAACUUCUUUAUAAAAAGGGGGAUUAGUUUUUUGUUUUGGGGUAAGUACCUAAUUUAUCUGGUAAUCAGCAACCCUAACCAUUGGCGUAUAGUCUUUCACUCAGAAAUAAACAAAAAUUGUUUGGUAUAUCUGUAUCAUUGCUAAUCUUGUGCACUUUACUUUUUGGGCAGUACCAUACAUAGUCUGAGGCUGUUGACUUAAACCAGUAACCUUACUUUAUGUAAUGACUCUUAAAUUCGGUUACUUGGGUUCACAGCUUGCUUGAAGAGAAAGGAUGCUAGAAUAAAGUAAGCAGCUGAAGAGCGAGCAAAUCAAGACAAAACACAGUGGUCUCAGAUUUUUCAUAGUGUAGGAACAGUGGUUUUGCUCUAUACCACCGAAAAGCACUAUAACAUAAUUGUUGCCCAUGAUACUGAAGUUCUUCCCCUCACUUCUAGGUUGUUUACAUUCAGAGCUCUAUCAAUAAGAGGAAUACAUAUUACAGUGAAUUUGACAACAGCACAAGUUGGCAGUAGCUAUCCCCAACCUAAUUUAUCUUGGUAAAUUCACCCUGUUUCCUAGUGCUGCUGGAUAAAAGAGUGUUUAAUUUUUAUUGCUCUUGGACAGAGUAGUCUAGAUAAGUUUUCAGUUUAUCAACAUAGCCUAGACUUCUGUAAGUGGAAUGUUCAUUAGUAACUCAUCUUUUUGUUGUUAUAAUUGGAAACAGAAACGAGGCUUAUUGCUAUUGUAGAAAUCCCAAACUGGCAAAGGCCAGUAUAUAUGGUAUUCCAUAAUAUAACCAGCUUUUGAAAUUUAUGUGUUUGGAUUAGUGCCUUCUGGUUACCAGUAUUGACUCUGCUAGUUUGCACCUUUCUGUUCUUAACAAAAAUUUGUAUUUGUUAUUCCUCUUAAAUUUUGUCAUAACUAGUGAAGGAAGUAAAAAAAAAAAAAAUGCAUUAUGCAGCCUAAAUGUUGUUUCUUUUAUAUCCAUAAUUAAAAACUUAAAGUUACUUAUGUUCUGUGAUCUUAAUUUUGUUGUGUUUCCAUUGUAGGUUGAUAGGUAUAUCUGAGAACAGGUAUGUGACAACAGUUUAUAUUCCAUGAUAGAAAGCUAAAGUCCAUAGAAAGCACAAAAUCGUGUUCACACAUUAGUGUAUCCACACAUAGAAAGCACAAGACUAAUAGUAUUCUCUGUAUCCCACAAGUGCCAGUCAUAAAGGCCACCAGGUAUUUGUCUCAGAGUUUCUAUGAGGACUACAGUAUUGAUAAGCCCAAGACAAUGCGGUAUCUAAAAUGGUCCUAAUGGUGAGGGAUCCAAAGGAAUAAUCUCAAUAAGUUUGUACCACAUUGAUGGAGGGAGAGAAUAUAAAUGUCAAGAAUGCCAAAAUUAUAUUUGGGGGUUACUAGCUAAAAUGGGGUUUGAAGGCUUUUUACCGCAACUUGAAACGAGAAACAGGGAUGGAUGUCUAGGUUUUUGAUGGGUGGAACAGGUGACACAUUUCUGCUUUAAGCUGUAGUGUCAUUGGGGUUUUUUGUAAAAAAUCUUAAAUCUUUUAAGAAAUAUUACCUCUUAACAGUGCCCCCCCAAACAUGCAGAAAGUCAUACUUUAACAGGGCAAAUACUACUUGUCUUUGAUUUUUUUUGUGUACGUUUGUAUGUGAGAGAUGAAGUUACCUUUAUUUUUUUCCUAUACUUGACUGUGCUUUAUUUUAAUAAAGGAUAAUUUGAUCUGAGUGUUCUGAGCAUCAGACUAAUUCUGAAGCAUAUUUACUAGAGGAGCUACUUUUCUUUUCACAAUGGGAUGGAGAGGAUUCUUUCACUUGUCCCAUUAACCCUCUUCUAGUCUAGAUGAGAUGAAAUCUGUUAAUGUGUGUGCAGAAGAAAACGUAUGUUCUUCUACUCAGCAUUGCCCUUUUCCACCUCCUCACUUCACCUCCGAGUAGCUUGUUUAUCAAGAAUGAAUGAAUGUCUUUGUCUUAAAUUUUGCCCAUGUGUUAAAAGAUGUAAUUCUCAGAAUGGGAGAGAAAUGACUAUCUUUGUUCCUACUCUUUCAUAUAAUUAUCUUUUUAGGGAAAGACUUGGUCAACUCUGAUAUAUCUAGAAGGAAGACUAUAUCUGGUGUAGACUAAUAUGAAAUGUUUUAGAAGAGUUAACUUGAACACUUUGAGGGAGAGAUUAUUCUUGCCGGCAAAAAGCUAGCCAGGAAUGAGCCCGCCACAUUAUUUGAGAAUAUCAAACCUCAGGCCUGGAGGGAUGAGGGGAAGAAGAGUACCAGAAAUGCAGGAAAGAGAAGUUUGAGGAACAUCCUUGGCUUAGCAACAUGUGAUAAUGCAAAGCUGUUAUAACCUGUUAAUCCUACAUACUAUGUGUUCUGUACCUUUACAUGUUUUUAAAUUUAAGAUAGUUUGUAAGAACUGUACAAAAAAAUGCUUCUGGAGAUUUCUUCGGCAGAAAUGCCUUUCAUUUAUAAUUUCAUGGAGAACUGCUUUAAUUAGCCUAGGUGAAAAGUAGUCCUAGCAGUGUAAAUAUGUAUAAUUAGAGUUUUCUAAUUUCACUGUGAGAUCUCUAACUUUUGAGUGGCAAACAGAUCAAGUCUUUUUGCUCAUAGACUUUUCUGUGGGGUUGUUAAAAUGCAAAAGCUUUAUUUUUUUUAAUAAUGCCAUACUCCAUUAGUGUCAGAUGAUGGUAUGGAAUUUGUUCCCUUGCUUUCCCCCACUGUUACUGCUUCAGUUUAUAGAUUGCCAGCAGAGUUCAGAAAUAGAGCAGGGAUUUACCCGUUCUUUGCUUGGACAUCCCAUUUUCUUUUGUCCAGACCCAUGUUGGCAAUCACGUAUGAACUGUGUUACACUUCUCAGUGCUUUUUUUUUCUUUUUGAUAAGAUGGAUAUCAAAAAUAGUUGCUGUGCAAAAGUUAGUAGUCUUCUUCAAGAAGAAAACCAAUUCUUUUUCUAAUAAUAUCCUGUGAAAUUGCUUCAUUCAUUCAUUUAUUUUUAAGCCAAAUGUCAGCAGAGUGCUGCUGCUUUUAUCUAGUAAUUUUGAUAUGUAAGUAUUAAUGCAUUUUUAAAAGAUGUCUACAUUGAAAAAUGUUCUUCCCAGUGUCCUGCUUAUGAUGCUUUGUUCAGAUUUUUUGUAAGAGACCAGUUAGUACACUGGGGGUGUGUAUUGUGUACAUGUGUUAUUUUAGUUAGGCAUUGUAGACCAAAUGUGAUUAUAAAUAAAGUUGAUGAACAUUAAUUUUGUUAUUAGUGAGUUUUUUGAAUUGUAAAUGGAUUUCCAGUUUACCCUCUGUUGUCCACAGCUUUUUUAAUUUUAAGGUUUGACUAAUUGGAUCCAUCUCAUUGUACAGUGUUUUAGUUGCAAGCAGAAAGUAGAAUUUGGUAUAAAGCAGGUUAUUUCUAUAUUGAAAGGAGUACAGUUGAAAUUGUAGAUUUAAGAUUGUUAAAAUAAUGACAAUUCUAACUUGUCUAUUCUAACCUACUGUGUACAAUCUGAUUUUUUAAAAUUGUAAACAUGUAUGAUCUUGGUUUCAUGUGUUUUUGAAAGUGUUAUUGUUUAAAAAAUGAAAAAAAGCAUAUCUGCUAAAGAGCUGUCAGUUUUCAUUACUGACUCUGUAAAAUACACUGUUCUUUGUGUACUGUGUGUUAUUUUGCCAGCUGCUGCAUUAGCCUUCAAAAGUAUUUGGAAACUUAAGAUGAACUACAUUUCUUGCAAAGUACAUUCCUUUCUGUGGUAUUUUGUCCUGUAACUGAAGUAUAGUAAUUAUUUUAUGGAAAUGUUAGCAAUUCUGUACCAACUUUGAAUAAAAUGAAAAAUUUA